AUGGACAUGUUAGCGAAGCAACUCUCCCAGAUCGCGACUUCUUUGAGUGAGAUGCGCGGGAACGAAGGAAUGAUUCCUGCCUCGGUGCAACCACCGGAUAGAGAGAACAUCAGCCAGAUCACCCUAAGAUCUGGGCCAGAAUAUGACGAUCCGAGUACGAAGGAAGAUAAAGGGUCGACUCCAACUCCAUCGGAUAAGAAAACCGGAACAAGAGAGGUUGAAACAGGGAAAGUCAGAACAGAGGAUGACAACCAGAGCAGAAACGGUAAAAGACUAGAACCUCAAGAAGCUGAUCAACACUUCUCAGGCCCAGAAGUUGAGGUGGAGAUAGAAGAAAUCAGGAGAGAGGCUGGAGAAUCUUCCAAGGGUGACAGUCGCAACAAAGAAAGACAAGUGAAACCCUUUCCCUACAAAGGGGGACUUAAGAAGAAAAAGGAGGAUCCAGCGGAUUUCAUGGAAAUUUUUGGGAAGCUGGAAAUUAAUUUGCCGUUUCUCCAAGCUUUAAAUCUGCCCAUCUUCAACAAGUUUAUCAAGGAGUUUAUCACCGGGAAGACUGAACCCAGCGGCAAAAUAAUAUUUGGAGAAACCGUAUCGGCAGUGAUUCAGAAGAGAAGAAUGCCCUACAACCGUACUGACCCAGGUAUGUUCAUUCUCCCAAUUUCGACUGGGAACAUUAAAGUCGAGCAUGCUAUGUGUGAUCUAGGUGCAUCAAUAAAUGUUUUACCGCUUUCCCUUUAUAAGAAACUGGAAGGAGUGAGAGUGGUUGAUACGAAGGUGGUAAUUCAAUUAGCUGAUAGGUCGUGCAUCAGUCCCGAGGGUGUGUUAGAGAAUGUAAUAGUCAAAGUGCAUGAUUUUCUAUACCCUGCUGAUUUGCAUGUUAUAAAGAUGAGUGAGUACCAGUCUGCUGAGUCUAGCGGAGUGCUUUUAGGAAGACCGCGGAGUGCUUUUAACAUUAAUGAGGCUUUGAAGAAGCCACUGGACAUAGAAAAUGUGCAUGCCGUAGAUGUAAUUAACCCCCUGGUCAAAGAAUUUCUUGAGACAGAAUUGAUGCAGGAACAGGUGGAAAAUUCUGAGUUAAGUCACUCCAUUGACAAGGAGGUGGCCAAUUGGUGCGAGGUCGUAAACACACUGGGAAUGAUAGAUGAAGAGUUAGCAAAUGCGAUUCUAGAAUUCUGUAAAAGUCAUGAAUCUGUCAGGUCUAAGGAAUUAGCCUACGUGUCUAAUGUGGAAAAUUUGCCUGGACCUGAAGGAUUAAUCACCAAGGAGGCGAAGAAGAAUCCACUACCUCAAGAGACAAGUUCAACAAAGAAGGAACUGAAGACAUUUCCCCAGGCCUAA